UGUUAUUUGCUUUCGUUAUUUUUGUUUACUGUGUUUCUGCGUACUAUUUGUUUCACUUUGAUUCUAACCUCAGUUUGGUUUGUGUUCCCUUUCGCGUUUCAGGCUCAAUUCGCCCUCUAGUCUACCCAGAAAUCUUAGUUUACGUGGCCUUUAGUCACUGAAUGAAGAAUUAAAGUCCCUUACAUAGGCAUAGCCCCGCCUUUGCCAGCCCAUUUUGGCAAAUAGAUUGCCCCCUCCUUGAGAUGGGAAAUGGUUGUCGCCAAAGUAACGUGCAACAUGCAAUAUUUUAUUUGUUGCAAAUGGCAAGAUAUGGCAAAAUGUACAUCAAUAUUUGUUCAACAUAGCCAAACCCAUAACUUGACCGUUUCACUCAAGCUGCAUGACGACGAGAUUUGACCUCAGAAGAUAGCUUAUCAAGCCAUAAUAGCCAAGACGAUAACAUUAACCUAUAUGAGGACACUUAUGGCAAUCAACAAAAGAAAGUGUCUAUUACUAUAUUCAUUCCCGUAAUGUAAUUGUUGCCUAUUGCUCACGUUUCGCCAAACACGAUCGACACUCGUCGGGACGUUCCUUCGAUAUAAACAAAGUGUACGUUAACCGCCCUAAACGUGCUACAACCCGGACGCCAUUCGUUGCUGAAAUAUCUUAUUAUAAGUCCAUGUAACUCCUCGUUGAUAUAACAUUUUUGUUAAAAAUACUUUAAUAUUCCAAUAAAAUAAUUUUAUUAGAUUAAAGUAUGGAUUAAAAAUUUCGUAUAAUAGCUUUUAUAUUAGCGGUACGAAGGCUGUUAGAAACUGGCUCGGUGACAGCACGGAUCAUCGGAUGUUUAUACGUAUGGUACACAUAGACUACGUCUGUUUGGGUCCCAGUAUUUCGAGCGAUUUCAUCUGUGACAUUCAACCUUUACGCUCUCUUGUGCAUCGGAACAGUCAACAGAACAUGGGGGGUUCUCUCGGAAAAGAAGCUUUACAGCUAGUGCCUAUGGUUCUAAGUACUCUUCCAACACUUAUUGAGGCCUUUCAGACAACAAAAUCCAGUGGGAAAAGUAAAGAAGAUGACAGAAUAGCUGAGGUCCUUGAGGUGCUGCAGGGAAACAGACGUGAUAUCGACCAGAUGAUGCAGGAUCAGGCCCGGCGGGACCAAGGCUACCAGGCACUCAUCACACUGAUGAAUCGUGCUGUGGAACGUGUACCAGAACAGCAGCAGGGUGGAGCCAUCGGUCAGGGGCCAAAAAUACGUAUUGAAAUGGAUUUGCCAGAAAAUAUUGAGGAUCACGGAAGAGCUCUACAGAACUUCGUAGCAACAUUAGGAAGAUUUGCUAAUGCAUAUAAUCAAGAACAAGGAAUUCGUUUGGCAGAUGAACCCAUGGAUCGAGAUGUAGUUUGUUACGAAAGCCGAGGCUUAAUGAGUGCACCACCAUUUCCUAGUGAUGAAACCAUGUCUGAGAGGGGAACGGCACAAGUUAACAGUUUGCUCUGCUGUGAAAUAUGUACACAGCCAUAUAACAACCAAGAACGACGUCCAACUUUGCUUCCUGAUUGUGGACACACAUUCUGCAAAGAAUGUUUAAUUAAAUCAAGAAGGCGGAAUCACUCAUGUCCUACUUGUAGAAAAAUCUGUUAUACUGAUAUUGAGCGACUUCCAACAAACUACUCAAUUCUAGACAUCAUGAAUGAGGAAUUAGAGAAGAAGAAGAAGCGUAAUGCCAAGUGUGAGAAUUUUGAUGAUGAUGACUGCAAGAGGAAUUGGAGUGACAAUAGUAGUGACUGUAGUAGGAGAAGGAAUUUUGGCGAUUCUGAUUGUGACAUGACCUAUGAAGAACAGGUACAAAUUGCCACCCAAAUGUCACUGGAAUAUUAUCAGCAGAAGCAGGCUGAUGAGGAUUUUCUUCUAGCUCGAAGGCUGCAAGAAGAGGAAGAUCGUUUGAUGCGAUUCCGCCAACAUGAAGACUUUUCUCAGAAGAGCCACGUGGGUGAAGGCCGUGAAUUAGAAAGCGGACGAGUCAGGACUAAUUCCAGUCGAACAUCAUUACACGAGUCUUCCCGAAGGAACUCUGGCAGAUGUUCAGGUGGGUGUUAUGAUGAAGAAGAAAUGACCAGAGGAGCAAGGGAAAAAAGCUACCAUGAUUACCACUCAGAUGAACAAAUAUACGAUGACGACGACGCAUCAGCUCCUCAGUUAUCUCCAAGGGCGGGCGUCUACAAUGAAGCACAACAAAUGCUGCAUGAGGCUGUCAACAGUGGGGAUUGUGGCUAUGAAAAGUCCUUUUCAAACACUUCCUCUCAAGACAGAUUGGAUGAUUAUGAAUUUGACGAUAGUCGUGAUAGAAAUUCUGAUAGAGAAAUGUCAUUACAGGAGUCUCCUAGAAGGAAUUUGAACAGACAGACUGCUACCUCAAGUCAUAAUGAGGAAACUCCUGUGGGAAGGAUCAAUUAUCUUGAUGAUGAAGAUGAUGAAGAUUCUCAUUGCGAUGAGAAAGCUUACAAAGGAAGGAUUGAUGUUCCUGAUGAUGAAGAUGAUGAUGAUGAGGAGUGUUGUCGCCUAUCAUCAAAUCAGGGCAUUUAUACUUCUGCGCAACAGGAACUUGAGGAUUGCCGGGAUGGUGAUGACGAUGACGACAAUUGUAAAGCAUCAAAAACUAGAAAUGAAGAUACUUGCAAGGAAGAUGGGUAUGAAAGAGAAAAGACUGCCAUGUUAAUCCGAGCAAUGGCAACUUAUGAAGAGGACAAAGAAAAAAGAAGGAAGAAGAGGUUGCUCAGAGAACAAGAGGAGCUGGAAUUAGCCUUAGCCCUCUCUUUGUCGAUUCAGCCACAACAUGAGAGAGGACAGACUGACCUGGGUAGAACUGGCCUGAGAGUUUCAUCAUGAAUGAAAAAUGGAAAUUGGAGGAAGACACAGUUGAAAAAAAAGAAGUUGGACAGCCAAGUUGGAUUAGACAAAAGAAGUGAAUAAAAGAAAAUGCAACGAAAGUCAUGCAACUUUUAUUUGAUACUCUACAGGAAAAUAUGACUAAGUAUAGUAAAUGAAAUGUACUUGUGAUUAACAGUACCUUUAGUUUGCACAUUUACAAAGUUUAUUUGUUCAAUUCACUUUGAUGGUUUAGUGGGUGUUAUGAUUGUAUGAUAUUUCGUUUUGCUGAGUUACGCAAAGUUAGAGUAGCCUUUAUUUAUUUGUUUGUUUAAUGAUGCUUACCAGAUUUAAAUGAACAUAAUUGCUAAUAGCAGUAAAAAUUUUGGCAACUACUCUCUUCCCCCUGACUGUUGAACUAAUCUUUGCUCCUUCCAACGAACAGAACCUUUAUCAGUCUUGCCCAGUGGUCUGGUUUAAACUACUUGAUCAAAAGAAAACUCCCUUGUUGUUAAUGUAUUCAGACAGAACUUGAGAUUUAAGGAACUGUGAUCUUUUGACAGAUAAUAGAAUAAAUUGAAAGGAGCAGAUAUGAAGGUUAAUUUAAUCUUAGUUACUUGCAAGGUUGAAUUGAAGCAGAUAUUGGGAUGGUUUGCCUUCAUUUAUGUAAUAAUGCUAAUGACAAAACAGUUUCAAGAAGAGAUUUUUUUUUUUAGAAUAUAGCGAUGAAAGUCUAAACUAAGACAGUGAUGAAAGUCUUAAACUGAGCCUGUUGGAGAUGACUUUGAACAUCUUUCUGAGCAUUUAUUUUAUGAACUUAUUUUAUGAACACAUUUGGCAAAAUCUGAUUAAAAACACACUGCAGAGUAUCUGAGACCUCAAUUAAAGAGGUUCAGCCAAUUAAGACACUGUCCAUCAUGUUCACAAUAACAAUCCCUCAUGGUAACAUGAGGGUUUCAUCAGUCAAUUGUCAGUUGUUUACUAACUUUGUAUAAUGCAAUCCAUUGGGUUCACAAUGACAAACCCAUAUGGUGACAAAUUUUCUAAGACAAUUUGUAUUUUUCAUAGCUACAAACCUGAGGUCUUAACAUUGUACUGUCCACCUCUAGCCACCCCUCUGUCUGCUAAGACAUCCAAGUUGGGAAAGACUGACACUGGCGUAGAUGCGUGGUCCUUGACCACUCUUCACCCGAUAUACGCACGCAUUGCCAGAUCUCGCAAGAUUCCUUGUUUCAUCUGCGAUUUAACCGGAUCCAGUUAGGCACUAGAAAUUAUCCUAUUGUCAAGACCCCAGGUUUGUAGCUAUGGAAAUACAAAUUGUCUUAGAAAAUUUGUCUGAUAGAAAAUUUGUCAUAUUUCAUCAGUCAUUUAUUAGUUUUUGAUUACUAUCGUAGGGUAGUCUAACUAGCCUGCAAAGCCCCAGCUGUAGGCAAAUAGAACUGGUCUAAAAAAUUUAUUUGUAAGUUAAGAUAUAAAUUAGAAUAAGAUGAAGAUUUGAAGAGAUGGACAAUUAAGUAUGUAAGACCAGAGAGAAGAGAUGAGAGAAGUAAAAGACAGAAAGCAAAGCAGCUUUCAUUGAAGACCUGGUUUAAAGAACGUGUUUAACUUCCUUCUGGAUGCAAUGUGAUGUACAGUAUAGGCAAAGUCACUUCAUGUACCAUGCAUUUUUUUUUUUCACUAGGUCAUUUGAGAAUUUCUCUCUCUCUCUCUCUCUCUCUCUCUCUCUCUCUCUCUC